CUGCGACACCUUAACCUUUGGCUCCUUGGCCCCUCGUCUCGGGAAAAUGCGUCUGCCGUAUCGGAAUAAGAAGGUCACCCUGUGGGUGCUCUUCGGCAUCAUCGUCGUCACCAUGUUCCUAUUCAAAUUCACCGAGCUGAGGCCCACAUGCCUCUUCAAGGUGGAUGCCACCACCAACGAGCUAUCCUCCCAAAUGGUUCGCGUUGAGAAAUACCUCACAGAUGACAAUCAACGCGUUUAUUCAUACAACCGUGAGAUGCCAUUAAUAUUCAUAGGCGGGGUGCCCAGAUCUGGGACGACUUUGAUGCGCGCUAUGUUGGACGCCCAUCCCGAUGUGCGCUGCGGGCAGGAAACGCGCGUCAUUCCACGCAUCCUCCAAUUGCGCUCCCACUGGCUAAACUCCGAGAAGGAGUCGCUCCGGCUGCAGGAGGCCGGCAUCACCAAAGAGGUCAUGAACAGCGCCAUCGCCCAGUUCUGUCUGGAAAUCAUCGCCAAGCACGGCGAACCGGCGCCGCGUUUAUGCAACAAGGAUCCCCUAACGCUCAAAAUGGGCUCCUAUGUCAUCGAGCUAUUUCCGAACGCAAAAUUCCUAUUCAUGGUGCGCGACGGCAGGGCGACAGUUCAUUCGAUUAUAUCGCGCAAGGUGACAAUCACCGGGUUCGAUUUGAGCAGCUACCGACAGUGCAUGAAGAAGUGGAACCACGCCAUCGAGGUGAUGCACGAGCAGUGCCGGGACAUCGGCAAGGACCGCUGCAUGAUGGUGUACUACGAACAAUUAGUCCUCCAUCCGGAGGAAUGGAUGCGCAAGAUCCUUAAGUUCCUGGAGGUGCCAUGGAACGAUGCGGUCCUCCAUCACGAGGAGUUUAUCAACAAACCCAACGGAGUGCCCCUCUCCAAAGUGGAGAGGUCCUCGGACCAGGUGAUCAAACCCGUCAACCUGGAGGCCAUGUCCAAGUGGGUGGGCCAAAUACCCGGAGACGUGGUGCGGGACAUGGCCGACAUAGCGCCCAUGCUGUCCGUGCUCGGCUACGAUCCGUAUGCGAAUCCGCCGGACUAUGGUAAGCCAGAUGCCUGGGUGCAGGACAACACGUCGAAGGUAAAGGCCAAUCGAAUGCUGUGGGAAAAUAAGGCCAAGCAAGUGCUGCAAAUGUCCAGUGAGGACAACGACAACUUUAACAAUAUUAUCAACAAUAGCAACAAUAAGGAUAGCAACAAUAAUCAGUACAAUAUCAAUAAAAUUUUACCAGAACAACAGCAACAUCAACAGAACCAGCAACAUCAGCAACAGAAUCAGCAACAGGAACAUCAGCAACAGCAGCAGCAGGAAACAGAAGGAGAAGGUGAAGGCGAUGGAGAUGGCAAUGGCGAUGGAGAACAGCAUGGAAGGCAACCGGAACCGGAACGAGAACAACAAUUGUUGCAUCAAAAGCCGAAGGAUGUCAUUACGAUAAAGCAGCUGCCAUUACAGAGCAGCCAAGCCGGGAAGAGCAGAACCAACAACAAUAAUGCCAAGAACAAGAAUGGCCCACUGGCGGAUACAUGAUAUCCGCAUAUACCCAUAAGACUGCCACGUGGCAAGCACUGAGCUCCUGCUAUGGAUGGUUAGAUGUCUGCAACUUGGAUACCGAUAAUGAUAAAGAUGUUGUUGCUGCGGGCACACAACACAACACAACACAACACAACACAACAAAACACAACAUAACACACACACUUACACUCAACAAAAACCAAUUUUAAAUUGUAUUGGCUGGGACAAUUUACAUGCUGAUAUGUGUAUAUGCAUAUGAUGUGUAUUUCGUAAUAAUGCUUUUUAAUGUUAUCGUAAAAACACAACCAUAAAGAAGAAUAUAAUAUAGAAAAAGAUACAAAAUCAAAAGAAAACUGUUAAGUUAACUUCCAAUGUCAAAAUUGCCAGAAAACGAAAGAAAGCACAUCGAGGUUUUAAUCUUUAUUUGUAGCUAGAUAGCCCUCGAUUCCCGACUAAAUAUCUCCUAGGCAUUACCUUAAUUGGAGUCUAAGGUAACUUAGUCUAAUUUUCUUAUAAAAUGAAUUGCUCAAUAAGUUACUGUAUACCUUAAUUUAACCACAAGUUCUGUAUAAUUUAUGUACAAUUAUUGUAUGUACAAUCCUUGCCCAAUACCACCAAAAGAAGCUGAAGAAGGAACAAGGAUCAGAGUGAGAAGACUAGGUAACAGGAACAGGAAUUUUAUGGCAGACGCUCACCGACCUCUACUACUAUAUAAAAAUUAAUUAUUUUAGUUUAGACUUUUUGUAGGCCUUUCUUUUUACUAAUUAGUUUUUUUUUUGAGAAAAAAUCUAUUUUUUUAAUAGUGUAUAUAUGAUAUUUUGAAUCUCUAGCUAAACUUUUGCGGUUGGGCGAAUGGUAACAUGGAACACCUUUAGGCAUCUGUUUAUGUUUAUGUAUAGAAAGUAAAGUAUCUGUAAAGUUAGGCACUGUUUAUAGUUUGCAAAACAUGGUAGGGCAACAUAAAACAUAAAAAAUAUUUAGAGAUGUUACACAAUUUUAACGAAAGAGCUUUUAAAAUGCUUAGUUUUAACAACAACUUAACUAUAAUCGUAUAAAGGAUAAUCGCUAAAAGACGAUAAGAGACCUAAAAUGGAAAGGGAAAGGAAACAUUUUUGUAAAUGAUCUUUUGAUUAGUGUUUUGCGUUGCAAUGAAUUGACUGAAUGUAAAAAAAAAAAAAGAGAAACAGAUUUACCAAGGCCGUAUAAAUAUUUGAUUGUAUAACCAAAAUUAAAUGUCUAACUUAAAAACGAUAUGCAUAUAGUAUAUAUAUAUAGAUGUGUAAGCAAGUUAUAAUCGAUGUUGACCCACGUAUGUAAAUGUGUAAAUGUUACUGUAUGAGUGUCUAUGAAUUGGAGUUUAUAUACUAGCGGUAAGAUAGUCUAAGCUAAAAUCAGUUUGACUGCUGGCUUUUGAGGUGCGCUUCAAAUUCAAAUGUCUGGCAACGCUGGCCGAAGAGAGAUGGCAAUAGACGCCACACUUUGACACGACUGUACUUACAUUUUAUCGAUUUUUGUCAGUUAUUUAAGUUUGAAGCGCAUUUUAGUUUGGUACAACCACUGUUCUUGUUUUCUAUACCAAUUUUUGUUUUUGUCAGAAAGAAUGAGAGCCUUGCACACAAGCACACCCAAAGAAAAAGCGCACAGACAACUCCGCCUUGUCCGUCCCGAAAUGCUGUGUACUUUCGUGUGCGAAACAGAGAGUUAAGUUAAGUACUUACUGGCCGGUGGUGGCCCUCUCGUCAUGUGCAAUGUUGCAUUUAAAAACGAUUUAAUUUCUGAAUAAGAAUUGCUGACAAUAAAUACGGGAAAACGAUUGCUUAAAGAAAUUUGAAGUAAAAUGGCAUGCUUGCUCGCUGAAAGCUAAGUGAAUUAAAGUCAAACAUAAACCGAAUAAACAAACUUUGUGUCACAACCAGACAACUCGAAGGAGAAGUCGAAGAAACAGGAGUCCUUGUCUGUGACAUGUGUGUAUGUAAACUAUAUAUAUAUAUAAAAAGAUAUAUAUGGUAUAUGAUAUAUAAAUGUGAAGCGUGAACUAUUUUUGCUAGCUUUUAAGAGGACAUUUUUUUUUCUAUGUAUGUAUAUGUAUAUCCAUAACCCUAAAAAUAAAUAUAUAUAUUGUACAUGAUGUGGAUGUGGAAUUGCUGCAGUUAGGAAAAUUGUUGAGAAGAGAUUCCCAAAUUCUAGUGCUAAAGUAGCGAUCUACUUGCAGUUGACAGACAAUCAGAGCUCAAAAGAAAUAUAUAAAAUUAAACUAUACCCCCAAUCCCUAUAAUCGAAGCAAAAAUAUAAUAGUAUUUGCCACCCAAAGCCCCCCAUUUGUAAUCCUUAAAAAUGUAACAACUGUACGCUGCAAAGAUCCAACUCGAAAGCAAAUUAUUAUUAAUCAGAUAGACAUUCUCUGUGUGCAGUUCGUAGCCUAAGUAAAUUGUACAAUAUUGUAUUGAUAAUGAAUCAAACAAAAAUAUACACGUUUAAAUGAAAUUAUACUGUACAACCACGAGACAAGAGGAAAUCAAAAUGGAAACAAAAGUUAAACAGAAAUAUAAAAUUAUGCAAGCGAAAAGUGGCAUCUCUUUUAUCGAUGAAUUUAAAGUAAGUAAAGAGUAAAGUAUUAAAGUAAGUAAAGAGAAAACCUUUUGGAAUAGAAGGCUUUGGUUUUUAAAUCCUCAAUCCCAUGUCUAGGUAGUGCCUGGUGGGUCUAUUUUAUUUCAUUGUGAUAUUGGAAUCUCUCGAGUUCAGACGCAUCAAAAAUAAUAGCUCUAAAAAAAAAAGAAAUUAUUUUCAAUUUUGUGGUUCCAAUUUAUUUUCGUUCCAUUUUAAAAAUUUGAUUUUUUUUUCGAAUUUAAUUUCAUUUAAAUUGUGCUAUUGAAAAUGGACUCUGCCAAGGAUAUCUACCCCAAGGACAGCUUUUACUGGAAAAUGUUGCAGAUCUGCCCGAAGUGUGUCUCCGGGAACGAAUUGUGCGAGGAAUGUGACGACUACUUCGACCCGGAGACGACUCUGAUGACGUCCUCCGAAUCUGGAAGCAAUGACAGUGAGAAAGGAAGUGAUCGGAACUACAGUUCCGAUUCCGAGAAGGAAGUUGACGAUUUGGAAGACCCCGAAAUGGGGGUCUAUGAUUGCAGUAUCUUGUACAAGAUGUUGGUACAAGAGCUGGAAGAUCCCGAGAUGGAAGUCUACGAUUGUAGCAUUUUGUACAAGCGCAAUGAUGACUCGUUUUAGGUCUAUCACUUGUGACUUUGCUACUUUUUUUUUCUAAUUUUGAAACACAAAAAUAAGUUCGCGCCAAACACGAAAACAAGAGUAUUCCAUAUACCUGUACUGCUGAGACACAAACCUGGCCUAGCAAGAACCCAAACCACCACUAUCGCAGAAGAAACAUCGCUGACGAAGAAGACACAUCGCUAUCGAAGAAGAAACAUCGCUAUUGAACCUGUACCACCACUAACACAAACAAAAUGAAAGUCCGCGCGAAUAAAAGUUUUGUGUUUCAACAUAAAGAAUAUUCUUAUUAAUAUCACUGACAGCUUAAUUUACUUAUGGCAUGUGGCAACUAAUUAGGUAGAGUUUUAAGAGGUGCUCUUGAACUACAAAGAAACGCAACGAGGGUGCUCCACCGCCCGGCUGCAGGUGCAUGUAAGCUGCACUCGGUGGCGUCUCCAGCAUCUCCAGCGCAAAAUGGCGUACACAGCAGCUUGAGUGGCGUCAGGUUGGCUGUGGAACGCCGUGCAAUGGGAUAAAUGGCAAUUCUGAAGGACUGGAGUGGAGGGAUUAUCCUACUGAUGCUUAUUAGUCCUGUUGGAUGGCUGCACCGCUUCUGGAUGCCAUUUCUGCAUCCAUUCUUGAAGGUAAGUGACAUUAGUUUAUUACAAAAACCAAAACAAAUCAAAGAGCUCCAUGGAAAACGAAAAAUUUAACAUUUUUGAAAGGCAGUAGGCGGGGAAGUCCUUUUCAUAGAGAAUAUUUCCUCUGUAAUUCAUUAUAUGUUCGGACUCUCUACGAUUUGGAUAUAAAAGACUCAAGCAAACGGGAAAAACAAAUUCAAGUAUUUAUUUUAAUAGAAUUUGUAAAAAAGUGAAAGCCCAAAAUUUAAGAUACAAUUUUUUUUGGAAUUGUAUACGAAAGCACUUUAUACGUUUUCGCUGCGCAAGAUUCAUCCAAAAAAACUUCAAAUGGUGACUGAAAGCAGACGACUGGAUAUCCCGAUGACCGUGGAACACCUGCCCAUGACAGUGGAGCUCUCCUCGAACUAUACCGGAUGUCUCUGCGAUGCGACAGAUCCUGGCGAGGAUAUACUUUAUGAAGCGUGCUGCCUAAAUGCCUCUAGAAGGAUUCUGGGGAUGAGGCCAAUAGCGGAAACCCCAACACAACCCACACAAUGUGUCAAAGCAAACGAACUACACACGCAUCAGUAAACCAACACCGAGUAAUUGGAGUGUAAAUUA